GUGCAGGGGUCCAGGGGUGCCGCUCUGCGGGCUUGUUUCUCCAAAAACGAAACUUGAAACUGUGAUCGAGGAUACCGUGUGCAGCAUAGCAGGAAACGACACAUAACAUAGCGGGCUUGAAUCACGGGCGGCACUUUUCUUUGUAUGCCUGCAGGGACUGUUUUCCGUCAGUAUUUCUCCAAGAUAAAAGGUGAUAAGUAAAAUGCAGUGCUAAUAAUGUGACAAAAGGAGGAAGAAAAUCAUGGCUGACAUACCUCAGCAGUCACCCAAGAAUUGGACUGAAUCUGAAGUAAGCACCUGGCUAAGAUCGAUUGGAAUAAAGGAACAUUACAUACAAAAACUCUAUGAAGAAGAAGUAGAUGGACAAAUCCUACUUGCACUGAAUGAGGACUUUCUAAAAACAAAAAUCUGCAUGAAGUCAGGGCCUGCUCAUUUGAUUAUUCAGAAAAGAGAUGAGCUUAUCAACUCUCAGCAAAAAUGUCAAGAGAAGAAAAAAACUACCGGUUCCAAAAGAACUGAGUUUGAGGAAAAGAAAAGUAAGAAAUCAGUUCAAUGUCUCCGAACAGUAAGUGAUGGUCCUCCAGCAAAAACUACACAGAGCAAUCAGGAGAAAGAAACUGCUCAGGAACAACGUGUGUUGAUCUCAAAGGAAGACUGCAAACCACGGCCAUUCGAUCAAGAAGGGACUAAUUUCUUAUAUGUAAAACACAGCAUCCUGCAGCCUGAAUCAGGUGCUUUUAAUCUGAUAUCACCAUGCCACGAAUUUAAGUCUUUUGCUGUAGCUGCUACGUUGGAUCGCACAAGACUCCAAGCUAAGUUUGCCAAAGAGGUUCUUAAAUUUGCAGCUGGUUGUAUGAACAUCAGAUCAAAUGGAACAAUACACUUUGGUGUGAUGGACAGCAAGGAGGAUAUAACAUAUAUGCAUGGCGAGAUAAUUGGUAUACCUGUAACAGACAAGGAUAUUUAUGUCGAUGCUUUGGACCACAUUGAAAGGAGUUUCUCCUCUGACAAAGAGCACAUACGUCAGUGUGUGCGACCGCCAAGGUUCAUUGAGGUCAUGGAUCGACAAAGUACAGAAAAACAAUAUGUGGUAGAGGUUGACAUUGUGCCAUCAAUAAGUAUUGUCAAGAGCAAAGUCUAUGCAGUCCGUCUGCCAAACUUCAAAGAAUCAACAAACAAAGUAGAGUUUGAGAAAGAGACGAUUUUCCGAAGAGUGGGUUCAAAAACGGAGCCAGUGAGUGACAAGGACCUAAGUGACUUUUACCAAAGAGUCAAAGAUCGUGAUGCUCAAAGAGAAGAAGCAGAAAAAAAUCAUUUCCUUAUUGCUCCAGAAAUGUGUCAAGACCUUGGAAGGAAACUCACCAUGCUGAUGACCAGUGGUAAGAAAUUCAUUGAAAAGGAAAAAUGGUUCAUACUCGUAACAAACAAAUUCAAACCUGAUGACCUGAUGAACAUUGACUGGCUGAUUAACAUGAAUAUUUUCUGCGUGUUCGACUUUGACCCAGACUCAAAGAAAUCAGGUCUUUGCAGUAGAUACCUUGAGUACCGUGCUGCAAACAUGCAUUCUCUCCAGAGCUACAAGGUGUCCACUAGCACAAACAUCAAAGAAUUAACAAGUAAGCUGGUUUUGUUCGAUCAAACUAGUUGGAUCUUUUGCAAUGGCCGUACUGACUUCAAAGGAAAUGAAACUCCAUGUGAUGAAAUGACUUGGAUUAAGAAAAGCAUGAUUCAACUUAAAAAAUCUGUGUCUUUGAUCUGUAAUCAGAUUUUGUCAAAAGGUACAUUCCAGGUCAUAUUUCUAUUAACAUCACCAGUUGAGAAACCACUCUUGCACACCUUCUAUGAGUUUUUCACAGACAUGGAAGGCCAUGAAGACAUCAUCUGCAUCUGUGAAUCAGAGGAAAACUUCCAUAAGUGGCAAAGUUUUGCAGAGGAUUCAUGUGGGAAAGAAGCUGUAAACAAUUCCAGUGUUGUUGGGAUGAAAAUGAGCCACAUUAAUGCAACCCUGCAACAUAUACAACCUGUGAAAACGCAUGCCAGUAAACACUUGCCAGUCUUUGUGGGAGGGACAUGUGUUCUUAAAACACAAGUAGAGGAACAGAUGUACUCGCUGGAGAUUCUGACGGUCAAUCAUUGUGAUGAAACAAGCAAAGAAUUCAUCAAUGAGGAAAAAGAAAACACUGAAGGCCAGUUCUACCAUGGUGGGAGAGUGACUUGGUUGCAUUUCUGGCUUGCUGAGAACAAAUAUGCUGGAGAGGUCAUUGAAAGAGAUGCUUAUCACGAUACUUCCAAACUUCUCAACGAUGCCUUGAAAUAUAAUGCAGACCAGACUCCAGUGAAUAUCAUAAACAUCUACCAUCACCCAGGAAGUGGUGGAAGCACUGUGGCAAGACAAGUGCUGUGGAACAACAGAAAAAGUCUAAGGUGUGCAGUUGUGAAGCCCUCAUAUCCAGUUUCUGUUGUUGCACAACAUGCAGUUGAACUAAGAGAAUAUGAAGAAAAGGAUCCACAGAGGUGUCUUCCAGUGCUGCUCCUCAUUGAAGACUCAGACAAAGAAUAUCUAGAUGAUCUCAGGAAUGAACUAGAGGGUGCCAUAAACGAAAAACAGAUCCAGUAUGGUACUCUAUGUUUCAUUUUGCUGAGUUGCAGACGUUCCCAUGAUCCAGAGAAAAAAUGCAAGGAGUCUCCUUUACAGAAUGUGUCUGUCACUCAUAAACUAUCUGAUCAAGAGAAGAGAAAGUUUUCUGAAAAACAAAAGGCACUUAACAAAAAAUAUGACUUUAACUUCAUUCUGACAUUUGUUCUAAUGAGCAAAGGAUUCAGUGAAAAUUAUGUUCAAAAGUUUGUGAAAAAUCUGCUCCAAGGCAUUAACCGUCACUCUGUUGAAUGUCGUCUCAUUCGUUAUGUAGCAUUGCUGAACACAUAUGUUCAACACUCUUUCAUCUCUCAGUCUCACUGUGAAGCUUUGCUCGCCUUAAAGUUUGACUCAGAGAGGUUUCGUCGACAUGAGUUUGAGAGAUCUCUCAGCGAUCAGGCUAAACUAGUCUUCUUGCACCUUCGAGAUGACAAGACACACAUUGAAUCAAUCAGAAUCAUCCACCCACUUGUUGCAAAAGAAAUUCUUCAGCAACUUCUGGAACCCCAACAAACUCAAAGCAGUUUGGCGAUGGAUUUGCUCCACGAGGAUGUGCUUUUUGAGCAUAGUUUAGAAACAGAUGACUAUCUCACAUUUUUGAGACUGCUUUUUAUUCGAAGAUCCAGGAUAACUGAAGAAGACAAAUACUUUUUGAGUUUGUUCUCUCCUUUCAUUGAGCAUGUGCGUGGAACCGAAGAAGGCCCAAAGAAAGCGAUAGAGUUGCUCGAGGAAGCAUUCAGGCUUUUCUAUAGUGAUGCAUACUUUGCACAGCAACUUGCUCGUCUUCAUUAUACUUAUGAAAAAUUUGAAGAGGCCAAAAACUGGGCAGAGACAGCAGUGAAACAGCUGCCUGACAACUCCUAUAUACUCGACACAAAGGGGCAAGUGUACAAGAAAUGGUUCCAAGCAAAAUGUAAAACAAUCGAAAAUGUACCAAAGACGGCGCAAAACACAGCAGAUGCUGUGGAAACUGCACUGAAAGCACUUGACUGUUUUCAAGAAUGUCAGCGAGCAGCUGAAGCUGAGAGGCAACAUGUCAACACUUCAGGGUUUUAUGCUGAAGUUGAGGUUGGGCUGGGCCUUCUCAAACUGAUCUCGUCAGUGCAAGUAUUUGCAAACAGAUCCAAUGGUCAUUCAGAGUGUAUGAAGUACCUAACAUCAGAUUACAUCCCAGUGGAAGUUAAAGAUGCUUGGGAACCAUUUCAUGGCCGUUUAAAAAAACUGCAAAAGACAAUAGAAGAUACCUUGGAAUGGAUUUCAGAGGACCUGAGCUACUUCCAGACACACAUUGGUGCAGAUGAAGAAGAAAUGCCUGCAGGCCCUGAGGGGAGGAUAUGCAAUCCACUGACAUGGCUGGCAAAACUCUCAUCUGAGUAUGGCAAGUAUUUCAGCAAAGCUUAUUCUACUGCAGUCCUACAGCAUGGGAAAUCAAUCCCAAACAACCUCACUUCUUUCCAAAAAUUAAUGAUCAUCUAUGAUUUUGGUGGUGGCAAUAUAACAUCGAUCUUUUCCACGCUAAUCGAUCACAAAGAUGCAGUGCAGCGUCUAGAGCAUAUCCUCUCUCUCUACCCCAGUAAUCCAUUAAAUACCAAUUUAAGUCAAAGAGAUAUUGUCAAUUAUAUAGCAGCCCACAUUUCUCUGAACCACUUGUCACCAAAAAAUCGAAAGGUGGCUCCUCUGAAAAAUCUACAGGCACUUUGUCACAAGUUCACAUCUGGCAAAGUGAAAUGUUUGUCGACGGCACUGUUCUUGUGUACCAUGCUGUCCUGGCCAGAUGAUAAUGACAGUGAGCAUGAGAAAGAAACCAAAUAUGCAUUUGUGCAAUCAGCAGUUGGUCACCUGGAAAGAAGCUACCAGACCAAGAUAAAAGACAAUCCUUCGAAGAGAAAGAUUUACACCCAUUUUUGUCUGGGCAAUGAGCAUGGGUUGGACAAGUUUGUCCACAAGAAAAAAUUGGACAGAAUCCUUACAGGCAUAAGUUUGCCUGAGAAACGUAGGAUGUGGUUUAGUGGUGAGGUCUUCACGAAGCCAGAGAUCGCCAGAAUGCUAAAACCUGUGUCUGGAUGGACUAAAGAUCAAUUAGUGUAUCUUGAAGGUCCUAAGGGAAGAAAGUUCAAUAUCAGGCCUGCUAAUGCUUCUUCAGUGCUUAAAAGUAAUGAAAACAUCACCUUCUACCUGGGGUUCACUUUCAGAGGCCCUGUUGCUUACAACAUAGUUGUGACAAAAUAGUCAACAACCGCUGCCUGUUAAUGUCAAUCCAAGUUACUUUAAAGAGAAUUAUAGAUGUUAAAAAAUUAUGGAUGUUUUUUUAAAAACACACAAGCCUUACUUUUUAAAAAAAGGAUAAAGCUAAACAGUUGUAGCAUGUAAUGAUUAUGUAUGCAAUUUUAAUGUCAGUCAAAAAAAACAUUGCUCAAGUGUCAUAAAAAUAAUUAACCACUGUUUUGUUUAGUUGUAAAUGUAUUUAAUCUGGCCAAGUUAUUUAUCCAACUACUUUGUAUCAUGAUUAUGUGGGUGUCACAUUUUGUUAUGCUUCAUUAGUCUCAUUUUAGGUUGUACUUCUAUUCUGUGUAAUUAGUGUAUAUUUGCAUUGUUAUUCUAUUAGUCUCAACUAGAAUACACUUUGGGGCCAACUUUUUCUUAUGAUAUGUGCUAUUAAAAGGACGGCAUAAAUUACUCUGCAUCUAAAAAUGAUUCGGAAUAACAAUGUAAAUAUCAUUAUUGUCAUGGCUGGGUAUGUCUUCUCCAGCUGACCUGCCUGUGUGUUUGUUGCUAGUCUGUAUUCCCUGUGUUCUCUUGACCAACUGUACUUGGAUUUUAUGAGCUGGUUCAUAUUCAAUGUUGAUGCACUAAACAGAAAAACAAAAUCUACCAGCUACGCUAAAAGUAAAGCAUGUAUGGCUUGACUACAAUGUGAGCCUUCUGUCAGUUUUAAUGCAGCUUUCCAUUGAUGUUCCAUGACAGGAAAGUUGUUUCCAAGUAUGAGCCCUUUAUGUGUACUUUUCUAGUAUAUUCUUGUGUAUUUUCCAGGAUAAUUCAGGAA